GCAAGAUUUUCUCCAGAAGAUGGGAUUGUGUUAGCGUCAAUAGAUCUACGAUUUCUGUAGCUCAGGUUGCCGAGCUAGAGCUACGACCGAUCAGUCGACGACUAGACUGAAUCCGUGUUCGAAUCUCAUGCUUAUUCAUGCAUCUUAUACCUUAAUUGAUGGAUCCAAGCAUUCUUCUUCUCUAACAGAAAUUCUGUAACUUCAUUCCUAUCUCUCUCUUUUUUUUUCUUACAAGAUAUCCUCUGAAUUCCAAGUUUGUGCCUGCAAAUUGCAAGAUGACAGUAUUUUAUUUGUGGUGUAUCAAUGCAUUGCUUAUGCUAGCAUGCUUUCUUAAUAUGAAAAGUUUGUCUUGCUAUAGGGCUUUGCAUUCUAGGCUCUAGGAUAGCAGUGAGGAAAGAACAAUUUCAGGUGAAUUGGAUGAUGUUAACUUUGGUAGUAUGACACUGAAGCAAAUUAAGGAGAGAUGCGAAGCAAAGAAAAGGAAACCUGGAAUGUUCAGGGAUGUCAUCAUUCAAAGCUACAACAUCUUCCUGAAAGGCUCCUUUCAAACUGGAAGGCAAUUUCUCCAGCAUCUCAGAAAAAACUGUGCAAGGCUAUGGAGUCUGGUGACUUAGGUGAUGAAGAUUAUUACAAGUAUGCUAGGAAAUUAUGCUACAGGAAUUUGAAUGAAAAUAAGAUCGGUAGGCUUGGAAGAGCCUAUCAGAACCGGAUAUUUGAUCUCACUAUUAGCCCUGAGCGGAUCAUCAGGAAACUGAAAAGUGAGGAAUAUGGUUUCCAUUAUAAAGACAUUCUUAAGGUUCCUCAUCCUUCUCGAACUAUACCGUGUUUUGCCACUGGGAGCCCUCUGUCCAAAGUUGUUCAGAGACUGCCAUUUCAUUUCACAGAAGCAAAUGCGUGAUAUUGAAUCUAUUACAACUAAACUUACAAAAGAGGUGAACUCCGUGAAGGACAUUGUUCAGGAAACAUGGCAGUCCAAGGUCUAUCCAGCUAUGCCCUUGAAACACAGGGCA